GUGUAUUAUAAGAAAUGGAUGCACUCUUAGUGUUUGAUCCGCAGAAUAAUCUCAUUUCCAGCAAAUUUAAUAAACAAUUUGAAAACUAUUUGCUUGAGUUUGCGGUCGAAAAUGGAUGCAAAGCCGACGGUCAAGAAGUUGGUGACAAUCAAGUGAUGAGAAACCUAUUAUCAGUAUUUGUCACUCCAUUCGUUGUCUCUCAAAGAUAUUUGAGCGACGCUUCGGGUGUGAAGUUUGACUGUUUGGGAACUAUGAAUGCCGUCUAUUCUAAGAGUCAAGAAUUCUUUUUACUUUAUAUUUAUAAAGAAUCUGAAGAUAAAGUUUUAAUGCAAAGAAGAGUCGAUAUAUUUGCGCAAAUAAUUAAAUUUAUUUUCGGUCCACUCAUCCAUUGUUUAGCAAAUAAUUAUCAUUUAAUG